AUCAGUUAGAAUGUCUAGCCCUGAAAGAAGUGAAAUUAGAUCAAGAGAUAUUCCUAUCACUUCAAGAGGAAUACCUUCUACAUCAACAGAUCCAACUCCUAGAGAAAUCACAGGUUCAGAAAUUUUACCUGUUCGAUCUAAUCGGAAAUUAACUAAUAAAUUCGGUAAACUUGCAGGAAGUAAUUUUGAAUAG